AUGACUGAAACAAACCCGUCUUGUCUCUUAUAUGGUCCUGGAGAUGCCAGAUUUCAAGACGGGCCAGUCCCUCAGAUUGAGGACCCGCACGAUGUCAUUGUCAGGAUUGCAUUCACUGGUGUCUGCGGUAGUGAUGUUCAUUUCUGGACUGAAGGUGGUUUUGCAAGAAAAGUCAGUCAACAGCAGCCCCUUGUGAUGGGUCACGAAGCCUCGGGUAUAAUCCACAAAGUCGGCCCAGAAGUCUCUCAACUCAAGCCAGGUGAUCGUGUUACUAUAGAACCAGGGUUCUCAUGCAAGAGCUGUAGUUACUGCAAAUCCGGGAGAUACAAUCUGUGCCGCAAGAUGAAAUUCGCUGCAGACCCUCCGUUCACUCAUGGGACACUCUCUCGCUUUUUUAAGAUUCCCGAGGAUUUUGCUUACAAGCUCCCCGAUUCCAUUAGUCUUGAAGAAGCAGUUCUGGUUGAGCCGCUCGGUGUUGCUGUCCAUGGCGUUGGUCUUGCCGAUAUAAGACCUGGACAGAAUGUCAUUGUGCAAGGAGCUGGAACUGUUGGAUGUCUUACUGCAGCAACCGCAAAGGCUUACGGGGCUAAAACUGUUAUUAUCACAGACAUCAACCCUGAGAAACUUGCCUUCGCGAAAAGGGUUGUAGAUUGUCACACUUUCCAGCCCCGGCUAGAUGCAACUCCUGAAGAAGAAGCUGUCAGACUGGUGAAGGAGGGAGGUCUCGGUCUAGGCGCCGAUACCGUUCUGGAAUGUACUGGGGUUGAAGUAUCAGCACAUACUGGCAUCUUGUGUGUAGCACCCGGCGGAAUCUUCAUACAAAUUGGGCUGGGUAAACCCAUACAGUCCUUGCCCAUUCACGCCAUGUGCGAGAAGGAGAUUACCAUGAAGACUUGUUUCCGGUAUGGUCCUGGUGAUUUUGAAAUUGCUUUGGGGCUGCUUGAAUCACGCAAAGUGUCCGUUACGACCUUUAUAAGCAGUAUUGUUCCAUUCGAGAAGGCACCUGAGGCGUGGGAAAGAACCAUGAGAGGAGAAGGGGUCAAGAAUCUUAUCAAAGGUGUGGAGGAUUGA